UUACUAUGUUGAGUGGAUGCAUGGAUACCCAUACGUACUGCGCACACACACACACGUGAUCACAGAGCCUGGUAGGCAAUCUCCACUAAAACAGUGUGACCUGGACGUGCAGCAUGUAUGCAGCUGACUGUCAACAACACUAAAUGGCUUCAGACAGCACAAGUGCACAUGUGUAUGUCUGCAAAGGCCACAGCACUGGCAAAGACAAAGGCCAAGACCCAAUUGGAAGAUGUGCUACAGAACCAUCAACCGUCACAGAAGAGGCUGCUCUCUCAUGAGGCUCAAUGCAUCUCAAGCAUAUUGGAAAAGUGCAUCGGUCGAGUUGAGAUUGCUGCCGCUCUGCCCGCUGCUCUCCGGUUAAACAGUGUGUCCAGUGUUGUGGACAAGGAGCUGAGCCAGGCACUUCAGGAGCAUCAAAUAUUAGAUAAAAGACUGGAGACGCUGGAAGGCCUCAAGCAGGAGUCAGAUGGGGAAGAAGAGAGAGAAGCUGGGGAACAAAGGAAGAGAGCAAGGGCUCAGCUUGAGAAGGACAUCAAGAACUCUGUCAGGGACCUGCUCAGGCUUGUUCGUGGGCGUCCUGAUGUCAUGUUUGGUUUGACAGCAGAGCUGGGUAUGGAAAUUGGGGAGAGUGAGAACAUGCUAAUUAGAGGGCUUAAGAAGUUUCACAGCCACAUGGUAGAAAGGCUGCUGACCAGUCUGGAUGAGGAGCUGCAGCUGGUCCUCUACAAGCAGGCGCCUUCUUCUGUUGCCCAAGAUCUGGAGCACAUUGUUUCACUGGAGCAAGAAGUCGCUACAGACAUGAAGGACGUAGAUGCAAAGAUUUCUGAGCAAAAUCUCGAGAUCAAAAAUUUGCAGAGUUUACUGCAAGAGAAAAACGCAAGAGAAGUUGGCAAGUUGCUUCUUGCAGAACAGCAGUACCAUAUCAAAACACCAAAGAUGAAGCCAACCAGCACACAGCAGGAAACUGAGCUGAACGUGAGGCUCAACAAUCUGAUCCUUGAACACAGACUGACGGAGAGCGCGCUCAAAGAGAAAAUUGAAAAAGUGGAGACUGAAAUUGAAAGCUUGCUCCAAAAUUUUGACGAUGAAAUCGGAGAAAACCAGGCCGACCUGGAGCUGAAUGAAAUGGAGAAUGAAAGCAUAGAGGAGGAGCUGAGGAAGCUGGAGAAACCCUUUUCUGUCCUAGAGGUGGAGUGCAACCAGAUCCAGGAGAGGCGUCGGCUAGCAGAAGAAAAGAGAAAGGAGAAGAUGAGGGAGCUGGAGCUGAAGACCAAAGCUGCCAUUUUUGCCCAAGCCUGGUGGAGAGGCUACAGUACUCGCAAGGCCUUAAAGAACAAAGGCAAAAGCAAGAAGGCCAAAAAAGGAAAAGGCAAGAAGACGAAAUAAACCACAGGCCAGUUCAGUAAAUACCACUGUACCCCAGUGUGUUUUUUCGGUAUGUCUUGUGUUAUUAAUAUUUUCUCUUUUAAACUAGUAUGUACUAUUUUUGUGAACUACAGACUAUAGAGGAUUGCCGUACUUUCUAAAUUUUUGUGAGCAAAAUUUGAAGAUAGAGAUGUAUUAAGGCAUAUGUAAAAAUGGUCUAAUAUGUGUGAUGUGAUUUUUACAGUAAAAAAACAUAUUUAAACCCUUAAAAUGGCACCAACUCCUUCCCCCUCAUUAAAAUUCAACAACAUAUGAACAUACAAAUAUGUUCAUUUUAACUGCUGGACACAAGAUGUCUCCUACUUCACUGUAAAGUUCCUUCUCAGUGUUUGUGCACUGGAGGCUUCAGGAUUCCAGCACACUUGCAUGUGCUGAACGUUGGACCGGGAUCAGAUUCCAGACUAUUUGUGAUGUUGCAUGUCGUAGGCCGCCUCUUAAAAUCAGAUUUUCCGUUGGCACAGAGGAAAUUUACACUUUCAGCAAUGAAUAUGAAAACAUCCCUCUAGUGUCGAACUCUGCACGUCCGCCAUCCUGCACAGUGAAGCUCAAACAUUCAACCAUAGGAACAAGAAGAAAAACACCUUAGUGACUGUCACCUAUGUUGCUGCAGACAAUAUCAAACUAAUCAUAAAACAUGAAACAGCAGAAGUUAAUGAAACAUUUUAAUGGACAGCCUCAAAAAUGUUUGUCUUUAAACUGAAAACAGGUCAGAUGAGCCAAAAUAAGGUAACAGAUGCAAUAAUUCAUUUGGUUUAACAGUUGCUAUUUUCUUUAAAUGGCCACCGGGUGGCAGUGCAGGACCUUGUGUUCUGAAUGAUCAAUUAUCUACAUUAUACGACAUUCAUUUGACAGUCAUGCAAACAGGAGGAGGCUGGGAUUAAAGCACCAGCUGUAGAAGGUAUGUGAUAUUGCUACGACUCAACUGAAAAUUCGCACUAUCAAAACCAUUUCAGAUCAUAUUAUCAAGCCCUGAUAAUCACAAUCGGGAGCUGUGAAUGUCCCACUGAUCACUCGCUAAACUCACUAAGCAACAUUGGUUGGUAAUUAGCAGACCUCCCUCCUCUCCCUUAACUCUUACUCUGGUUUCAGUGCAGUACGUUUUCCAUUACAGUACAUUUAGGAGAUUUCUAUGUAACAUAGGUUAUUCAAAUGUGUCUUUUUCUAAAUCAAAAUAAACCAACUCAAACCAUGAAUGCCCAUUUCUGGAACAAGAAUGGCUGCUUUUACACACUAGCCUAGAGUUAAUAUACUUUAAGCACAAAGUAGCUCCAACAAGGAAUCCUUGUCCAAAUGAUUCAUCAGUUGUUGGUUGCACUCAGUAUUUUAAGUUUAUUGAACUUCAUUGUGUUUCAUCUCUAUAAACAGAUUUCUGAAUAUGAAUGCAGAAUCUGCAGGCAAGGGACAAGACGGUUGUAGUCCAAGCACUACUGACCAAUCAUGGUUGAGCUGGCUUUGGUUGCAUGAAGGUGAACAAUGUGUAAGGACAGCAAAAGAGGCAAAACACGUUGGCUGGAAAGCAAUCUCAGAACCCAUCGACUAUCAGCUGAUGACAAUUUAGCUCUUUAUGAUCUUAUCUUAAAUCUAUCUGCGUUCAUAUGCAGAUAUCUGACUACAGAGAUUAGCCAAACUGUUGAUAUCCGUUCUCUGUUAUCCGGAUAUCUGUUGCCUGAAUCAGAAGCACCACAACAAUGGCCGUUGCCCCCGGAGACUAAAUCGUUGUCAGUAGAUAGACAAUGUUUUACGAGAUUGAUUGGCUUCAAGUUUAAAGUUCUGUUAACUCACAGAGUUUUACACUUACAGUUUUAAAGCAGUCUGCAAACUUUAAUCUUUUUUACAGUGAGCUGCGAUGCGCUUCUUUGCCUCAUCUCUUCUCUCUUCUUUUCUUU